AUGCUGCAAGGAUGCUCUGUGCCCGCGACCUACCCCAACAUCUCAAGCUGUGUCUUGCAGACACCUACCUACUCUUGUGAAAACACGACCGCCAUCGCUAAUGCGUGUUGCUCUCCCACUCCGGGGGGAUUGGUCCUUAAACAAGGGCAGUUGCUGCCUAAGGGAAGCUGGACGAUCCAUGGGUUAUGGCCGGAUAAUUGUGAUGGUACUUGCGAUCUCUCACGCCAAUAUGACCCGCAUCCCUCACCAGCGACACUACCUGACGGCACCUUGAACGCAUAUUGGAUCAAUCAGGGCGCGCCAAAUGCCGACCUUUGGGCUCAUGAGUUCUCCAAGCACGCGACGUGCACAUCGACGUUCGACGUUUCCUGCUAUGGUGCUUCUUAUCGGCACUACGAGGAAGUCGUCAACUUUUUUGACGCUGUGAUCAGAGCGUUUCAUCAGUAUCCGACUUUUGAUAUCCUGGCUUCAGCCGGAAUUGUACCUUCCAACAAGACAGCAUACACGCUUGACCAGAUCCAGACUAGCCAUCGCGACACAGACGGCUGCGAUUCCCUACUUGGGGUGUGGUAUUACAGCCACGUCUACGGAACGGAGCAAUAUGGCACAUACAAAACGCUAGAUUCUACGUUGAAUUCGUCUUGCUCGAAGACGGAACCAAUAUGGUACUAUGAGCGUACUCCAUCGUCAGAGCAUGAAGUACGCAGGGCUGGUCGUGGUGGGUGGUAAAGUUGAGCGGGACAAAUCGGGCCGAUAUACGUUAGCAUGUCGUCACUAUAAUAGGUUGCUUACCGAUUCCCUGAGUCAGCGUCU